UGUUGCACGUUUUAGGUUAAAACAAAUUAACCUCGCUUUUACAUCGUCUUUACUUUAAAAUUUUUAGUAUGUUUUUCCCUUUUUAUGAAUUAUAUUAUGUACUUAGUGAAUUGCCUUAAAACGAAGUUAUCAAGAAGCGCGAAACAAAUUUUAAAUGUCCAUAAAAGAAAAUACAACGAUGUAAGGUUUGAACAUAUUCCGGAGGUUUCAACUGCCAUUAUAAAAAAAACUCUUAAUGUUAAUAAAAUGCCAUUCGAAGAGGGAUUUACAUGCUUUAUAACUAAAUGUAUUGGUUGUACAGAAGAGGUUUCAAAAGACGCUAGGUUGUAUAUAAAUAAGACCACAGGGAUGUAUAUGUGCAGCUCUUGCACUAAGUGUGGGCAGUGGAACCAGUUGGAAGCUCGACUUUCACUUAAAAAAUCAAAACAUAAAGUUACCAUUAAAGAUGAGAAUGACCUAAUUAAAAUUACUAAAUUGUUGGACCAAGUGAAGCAAAAUACCAUGGAAAUAAAGAACUUAAGAGAGGAGGAAUUUUCAAAUCUUUUAAGUCAGUUUAGUCUUCCAGUUCUUUCUCAAUUGGUCUUGGAAUGCCUGGAUGUUAGGAUAAACAAAGAUGGCACAAUUAUGUAUUUUCCGCUGGAAAAUGUGAAGUCUCAGACCAUCGGAUAUAGAACCCUCCAUUGUUCGACCAAAGAUGAAGAAAUUUUGCCGGACAUUUAUUGCGGUGGCAUUUUAACUGCCAAAGUUGGUCGAAGCAAAGAUACAGCGGUGCUAGUUCCAACCAUUUCUGAUUUUUUAACUCUCUUAAAAUCAAAAAUUAACGUAAACAUAGUGUGUUCCCCGCAUGGUGUUAAUUUUUUGUCCCAGUAUUUCUUGCCAAGUUUCGAACGGUUUAAGAAACUGGUGUUGUGGUUUGGUAGUGAUACCAAGUCCUGGGAUUCCGCGAGACAUUUUUCCAAAAAACUCGGCGAGAAGAGGUGUUUUUUGGUUAAGCCUAACGAACUGCUUCCACAUUUAAACGAAAACCGAGACUUUAAAUCUGUGAUAAACGGUGCAUACGCGGUUUGGCACAAGUCUAUAACAACUUUUGCGUCUUUGAGGAGUGGAGUGCUUUCAGAUCUGCAAAACAUUGAUAAGGUUCAAGGUACCAAGUGGAAACGAUUUCCGACAUUAAACAAGGUGCUGCUAGGGCACAGAAGAGGAGAAUUGACCGUGUUCACUGGACCAACCGGCAGCGGAAAAACAACUUUUAUUAGCGAAUAUUCUUUGGAUCUCGCCAUGCAAGGUGUGAACACUUUGUGGGGUAGUUUCGAAAUUACAAACGAGAGGUUGGCGCGGACCAUGUUGCAGCAGAUGGCCGAAUUGCCGUUGAUAGAGAACAUGCACUUGUUCGAUGAAUUGGCGGAUAAGUUUCAAAAGUUGCCCAUAUAUUUCAUGACGUUUCACGGGCAACAAUCAAUCAAAGUGGUUAUGGAGGCCGUCGAACAUGCCGCUUACAUAUACGACAUAGGUCACGUGGUGAUAGAUAACCUGCAAUUUAUGAUCGGAGUGGCUGAUGAAACCAGACAUCUUGACAGGUUUUGGAAACAGGAUGCGAUCAUAGCUGCGUUCCGAACGUUCGCUACUAGAAAAAAUUGCCAUGUUACUUUAGUCAUACAUCCCAGGAAGGAAAAGGACAGCGAGGAGUUGACCACGGGCUCGAUUUUUGGGGGAGCCAAAGCGUCUCAGGAAGCUGAUAAUGUGUUAAUUAUACAAGACAAAAGGUUGUCGUCGAUCAAGGGCAAAAAAUAUCUACAAAUCGCCAAGAAUCGAUAUAGCGGCGACUUGGGAGUGAUGGCUUUGGAUUUUGACAAGAAGGGUUUAAGUUAUGCUCAAAAAAAGCUUAAGGAAAAGAAAAGUGUUCGAAAUGAACCGCCGGAUAAAGACGGCUCGUCAAAGAAUGCAGAAAUUUAAAUGCAUGAAUUGUACAUUAUUUACGAUUUUUUAGAAGAAAUAUAUUUUGCAUUUUUAAUCGGUUUUAAUAUUAAAUUAAAUUGCCAAAUCCGAGUGAUAACGACGACACACCCAUACGAAGGUAGUGGUUAAUUUUGUAUCAUGAUUAUAUGAUUUUAAAAAAUACAGUUCAACAACUUUCUGAUUUGACCUCGUAUAUUCUUCUUAGCAAAAACUUAUUCAAAGAACAUUUAUUUUCUGAAAUGGAAGUUCCGGAUCCAGCCAUCCUGUGGUUCACAGAAAAAUUGCGAAAACCGCCUCUUUGUAUAUAUAUAUAUCUCCUUUUUAGUCUAGUUAAUGAGUUUUAAAUGACGUUAAUUAAACAUAGAUCAUUAAAAAUUUCAAAAGUUAUAAACAGUUAAAUAUGGUAAAAAGUAGUGUUAAGUUUUUUGCUUAAAGUUCCGAUUUUAGAGUGUAUAAAGUAGAUUAACUCUACAAAAUUAUGGUAUAACCUAGACACAAAAAACUGAUUCCCCGUUGAAUUUUUUUUGUAACUUUCCAAUAAAGUGGACCAUUGUCACUUAACAAUUUUUUCCGGUACUUCCUUUAUCGCUGAAACUUUUCUUUUUAAAUAAUUACAAAUUUUUUCUCUAACCAAAAAUUAACUUUAAUGAAACAUUCCAACGGGAAUCAGUUUUUUGAUAGGUUUAUGUUAUACCAUAAUAUAUUUAGAUUUUUUGAUCUACUUAAUUUUUUUACUAAUUAUUUUUCAAAAUCCAAAAAAAUAUUAGUUUACAAAAUAUAAGCAAAAAACUAAACACUACUUUUUACCAUCUUUAAUUGUUUACAAUUUUUAAAAUUUUAAAAGUUUUUUCGUACAAUGAUCUAGACAUAAUUCCCAAUCAAAUGAGCUAUAUCACAUAAUUUUAGUAAUAGUAAGUUCAAUUGACGUCAUUUAUAACUCGGUAAAUAGACCAUUUUAAUGAUUAUUUUAAUAACUAUAUUAAUAAAGACAUUCCUAUUAGUUUCGGAAAAAUCGAAUUUAUUAAUUAACUUAUGAUUUCUUCUUUUGUUUCCAAAUCUUCGGGCAUUAUUUUUACAAACUAUCGAUAACUAAAUUAACGCAACAACCUACACUGUUACCCUUAGUUCAAAGUAUAAAAUACUUUUUUUUAAUCGUUUAAAUUCGAAUAGGAAUUUUAAACAGCAAUACUAAAACCUAAGCAUAUUUUCAAUUUUAUUAACAUAUUUGCUACGAUUUUCUGCAUUACGUGAAAACGAAGUCUCCUUCUAUGUUAAGCUCCCAUGGCGGAUGGAACAUCUCCCCCGGCAAGCUUAUGCAGUGGGUUGCCUUAAAAUCUUUAAGGUGUUUGCUUGCC